UGUUGUCCAUCCGUCUGUCCGUCCUCCGGGCUGUGCUCUGUCCGGCUGCGCUGCGGCGCGUCACUUCCGCCCGCGCCGGCCCGCCCGCGCCUGCGCACUGCCGCUCCCUCUUCGCGUCGACCCCGGCUAAAGAUGGCCAAGCGCACCAAGAAGGUCGGGAUCGUGGGUAAAUAUGGGACCCGUUACGGUGCAUCCCUUAGGAAAAUGGUGAAGAAGAUUGAAAUCAGCCAGCAUGCCAAGUAUACCUGCUCCUUCUGCGGCAAGACCAAGAUGAAGAGGAAGGCUGUGGGUAUCUGGCACUGCGGGUCCUGCAUGAAGACAGUUGCUGGUGGUGCCUGGACUUACAAUACCACCUCUGCAGUGACAGUCAAAUCUGCCAUCAGAAGACUGAAGGAACUGAAAGACCAGUAGAAGCUACUUCCUGUUGUCCUUGUGAAACAUCCUUUUUCCUCCACUGUCAAGAGCUAUCCUUUUAUCAAUAAAAGGGUGAUGAUGGAGUGGAAUAA